GUUGAGGGCUUUUUCCUUAGGUAUUACGCUGAUUGCGCAGUGAUGUUAGAGCAUUGGGGGUGUACCUGUUGCGGUUUUGUGACGGCGGCGAAUUGAAAGAGCGCACCUGAGAGGUGGACUUCUAGAAGAGAGGUGUUUAGGGACACGUACAGAGCAUCAGGCAGUUCCUUAUCAUUGCUCUUCCUGUUUCACACCUGUUCCGUGGGGUGUCUGCGGACAUUAUCUCAGUCUUCCUACAUGUGUUGUGCUGCUCUUUGCUGAGACUGAACGGGCCGAGAUAGCUAAUGUACAGUUUCCACUGCGUGUUUGAGGCGACGAAGGGAGAAGUCGUAUCCCUAGAAUAAAGGUCUGCGUCUGUGUAGAGGAAGAAGCUUGCUUGUAUAGAUUUCAGCCAAAACUUCUGCCUAACUCAGCCUAGGUGAAGCAGUACACCUCGCCCACUGCCUAGUAUUUGCACUUCCAAAUUGGUCAGAACGGAGAAAAUUGUCCUGUUCAGUGUUGGUCUUCUGAGCAUUUUGACAGUCUCGUUAUCUUAUAACAAACAAAACGAGAGUUCACUUGUGCUGGACGUCAGCCCAAACAUUCUACUGUUGGCAUUUUUUUGAAGUAUCCAAACGACGGCUAUUAGCCCAGUUUAUUUAUUCUGCUAAAAUAACAAAAGUUUUCCUUAAAUUGCAUCAGUCGCCUUGCCUUGGUUGUUUGGAACCAAGGGUGCUCUAGUGUUGGGAACUUUGUUUUCCCCUUGCUGUACUUACUGACAGAUUAGUUUUUUUUUUUUAAUUGGGCAGUGCUAGGUUGCUUGCCAGUCAUCUGUGAGCCCUGAAUCUAGACCAGGGCAUCCUACUUUCCUAGUCAGUGUUACCUGCUUCCUAUCAGUUUCUCAUGGCUCUAGAAGCAGUACAGAUCCCUGAUGAUACUGCUUUCCUUUCUUUCAAGCACCAGUGUGAGUCUACAGAGGGAUGGAGCAGCAAGUAUAGUAAAGGGGGGCUGGAAGUGUGGAUGCAGCCAACUUCUCACGAUGCCAAAGCAGCAGGAGUGGUGCAUAAAAUCAAGUGUAAAAUAACCAUCAAAGAUGUGGCGGCAGAGACUAUGUAUGAUGUGUUGCAUGACAAUGAUUAUCGGAAAAAGUGGGAUGUCAGCGUCAUCGAUAGCCAUGAUAUUGCUCGACUCACUGUCAAUGCAGAUGUAGGAUACUAUUCUUGGAAGUGCCCAAAACCACUGAAGAACAGGGAUGUUGUGACAUUGAGAUCUUGGCUCAUUAUGGAUAAUGAAUAUAUGAUAAUAAAUUACUCUGUCAAGCAUCCGGACUAUAUGCCACGCAAAGACUUGGUAAGGGCCGUCUCACUCCUGGCUGGUUACCUAGUGAAGUCAACAGGAGAGAAGAGCUGUACUCUGACAUACUUAGCACAAGUGGAUCCUAAAGGGUCACUGCCUAAAUGGGUUGUGAACAAAUCCUCCCAGUACCUAGCACCAAAGGUUUUAAUGAAAAUAUGCAAGGCAUGUCGUAAGUAUCCUGACUGGAAAGCAAAAAACAACCCUCAUCUCAAGCCCUGGCUAAAUCCAGAGCAGAAUACAUUGCCAACAAUCCAUAUUAGCAUGUUAUCAAUACAGCAUGCCGACUCUCUGGAGCACAUUGAUGAGAGCGGUCUAAAAGAGGUGAAAGAUGACCGAGGUGGUGAUAGUGAUGAAGAUGAAGUCAACUCCAAGAACUGACAAACCAGCACAACAGUCUGCCCUCCAGGAAAGUGACAGAGAAGGCACUAACUGCAAAUACCAUCUCCUCCAUUGCAGUGGAGAUGUGGUAUACAUAUUAAAAAUAAAUAGUAGUAGUCUGGGUUUUUAAAAAAUUGUCCAGAUAACUUACACUAAUAGAAGUAUAUCUAUCUAUAAAUUGCUGUUUUCUUUUCUUUAUAUUUGACUGCAACAUCACAAAUAAGCUAUACAAGUUGUCAUUAUCAGAAAUAAAUUAUCUGAGCCGCUGAAAAA